AUGUUGACACCACGCAGCGACCUUUGCAACGAAAAACUUUCACCCAGCUUUCCAUCUGGAAAGACGACAGCUGCAGAUAAGGAUGACACGGAGGCGCGGUGCCAGGUGGACAGCAGCCUCGAGCGGCUGCUGCUUCCGUUCAACUUGGUGCAGCACGUGUCGUUCAUACCGAUGUACAGCAUCCGCCGCGGGCGGGUCUCGCCCGAUGGACCGCUCGCCUACCUCUACUCGCUCCUCGGCUUCUGUUUGUUCACGUCCAUCUCCGUCUACCGCAACGCGAUCAUGCACGGGACGCGGCUCUCCUCCCUCCACCUCUUCACUCUGUAUUCCGACUUGGUCUCGUUCGUGAUCAACUACUCGCUCAGCUUGAUCUGCAACGUGGUCAACAGCAAGAGCAACGUGGAGCUCGUGUGCCGGCUGCAGCGGCUGCAGACCGUCCUGCGACGCAACCAGCGGGAGCAGGAGCAGUUCGCUCGGAGCAACUGGGCGCACCUGGCGGCGGUGACGGCCCUGUACCUCGCCGUCGUGGGGCUGCUCAACGUGGUGGUGCUGAAGCAGUCGUUGCCCGACACCCUGUACUUGUUGCUGCUCUUCUGCAUCGACGUGAACGUACUUUACGCGACGAGGAUGCUGGCCCUGCUCCGGAUGCUGGCCCUGCUCCGGUGCUACCUUCAGCUCUGGACGCGUAAAAUUAACGAGAAGGCGUUCAAUCCAGUGCACCACAACAUGUUCACGGCUUAUUUGGAUAUUUUGCAAGAGUACGAGGUCUACACAACUCUCUUUAAAAAAAUUAUCACGUACUAUGUAUUGGAAACGUUCUUGCACGGCCUGCUGUACGUACAGGUCGCGAUACAGAUCUGCAAGUCCAUCCGUAGAUCCGGACGCUUUAGCGAGCAGCUGAUGAUGAUCGUUUCAAUCUUCACGUGGACGAUCAAGAACAUGAUAAUAAUGACGCUUCACAACGUCGAGUGCGAAAAGUUCUACCUCGCGGCGGAGCAGGCCGUCGCCGCCUGCCAGACGCAGCGCGCCUCCACCACGCGAUGCCGUAACUAA